AUGUUUGUCACCUGCACCCACCUGUAAAAGCUCUUCCACUUUUGGUCUUUCGCUAGCCCUGUCACUGCGCCUAGCUCCGUCUUCGUUCCUAUCCCCUUCCCCUCUGUCUCCUCUCAUCAUAUUUUUCUUGCUCCUUGGAUCGAGGCAAAAAGUUAGCUAUAUAGCUAGGGAAAGCUAUAAAGAUGGCGACGGCCGAUCACGAGGCGACGGCGGACGACAGUAGCCGCGGCCCGCUCCUCAUGUGGGACUGCGGCAGCGUGCUCUACGACUCGUACGAGCUCACCGCCUUCAAGCGCCAGCUCGACGCCGCUGUGCUCGCCAGCAGCCGCUCGCUCUCCAUGCCGCACCUCACCGCCAGCGUCGCCACAACGUCGCCAGUACCGCCGACCGCCGCCGCCGCCGACGUACAGCAGCACCAUCAGCAGGCAAGGCGACGCAGGAGGAGGAGGCGCCUGCCCGCGCUGCUCCGGAGGCUCUUCUCCAAGGUGAUGCUCCGGCUGCGGCUGUUCCCAGCCACCGGGGCACGGGGCGCGCGCUACCGGACGGGGGACGACGGAACGGGGUCGCCGUGGUCCGGCGCCCUCACGUCCAUCCCGGAGGAGCAGAGCUCCAGCAGCCCUGAGAUGGCGGACUCCCCGCGGGUUGAUGAGCGCGCCCAGAGCAAGCUGCGGAAGACGCAAUCGGAGCGCUUCAUCGGCAGCAAGACGGCGUCGUCCAUGGUGCAAUUCGAUGUCGUCUUGUAGCUGCAACACAAUUCCCUAGUUGCUUGGAAGCGCUUAUUAUUUGUAUUCACUAUUCAGUCUUAGUACUAGCGAGCAUACCGUAUAGUCUAUAAGUUGACAACAAAUUAAGAUAGGUUCAUGUGAGGAACUUCUACUCAAGAUAUGCUACAUAAUUUGGGUAUGACUAAUUGACUAUACAGUUGUCGUCA